AAAUCUAUUUUAUCAUUUUUGUGUUCCAUCACUCCUACAAUUUGUAAUACCAAAGCAAAAACAGAACAAUGUCAGCUAAUUUUCCAUAUCCUAGCACUAACUCUUCUCAUCUUGACUCUGUUUUACUGCCCAUUAAGAUAUCUGGUUUUUUGGAGGAACCAAACAACAUGACUAGUAGUAGAGUACCAAAUUGUAUUUCUCAAUAUUAUUUGCAAGAGCUCCCUCUCAAUAUGAGUAAUAGUGUUAACGAAAGCUAUACUGAAAAUAUGCAACCAAUGGACGCAAAAAGAAACAUUAGUGAAGGCUCUUCUUCCCAUUGCUCUGCUCAAUCUAAGAAUGUAAUAGAGGCUGAUGAUGGGAAAAAGCAAAAGAAAAGAAAUGGUAAUGUAAAAAAAGAGAAAAAAGCAAAGGAUAAUAAGAAGAAAGCCCCUGAAGAGGCCCCUACAGGAUAUGUUCAUGUUAGAGCAAGGAGGGGCCAGGCAACUGACAGCCACAGUCUUGCUGAAAGGGUGAGGAGAGAGAAAAUAAGUGAAAGGAUGAAGAUAUUGCAAGCACUUGUUCCUGGUUGUGACGAGGUAACUGGGAAGGCCCUCAUGUUGGAUGAGAUAAUCAACUAUGUCCAGUCCUUGCAAAACCAAGUUGAGUUUUUAUCCAUGAAGCUUGCUUCUUUGAACCCCAUGUACUAUGACUUCGGCAUGGAGUUAGAUGCUCUUAUGGUCAAACAUGAUCAGAAUUGGCUUGGCUUGGAAGAACCAUUAAUGGAGAACACAAAUAGUGGAUAUCCUCUCCUGGAUAGUUCAACAUCACUUGUGUUUCAACAAUUGCAUCUCCCAAAUUCCACUUCUCAGGGUAAUGGACAGGUCUUAUGGAGUGUAGAUGACCAAAGACAAAAGAUGAUUAUUAAUCAUUCAGAAUUGAUCAGUAAUAACAACAACUUGUGUUCCUUUCCAUUAAUAUGAGACCAGCACUGCCCUACACAACAUCUGUAAUUUGGAAGGCUAUGAUUCUUCUUCUUAGUCCAACAUCAUUGAAGUGAGAGAUCUAUGGAUGGGAUGGAUCAAAACGAAUUUAUGAUAAUUCAAGAAAGUAGCAGAUCUUUCAUGUGGACAUACUUUUGUUUUUGUCCAAUAUCUGACUUCCCAGAUUUGGAACUGGUGGUUCGGUGUCUCUAUGUAAUAAACUAGGAACUGGAGGAAAAUACUAUUGAGUAAUUGUAGACAGAAUUAAAUGUAUUAUUUCGUAC